AUGGGUCCGGCGUGGCUGAUACUUCCUCGCUGUAGUUGGGGCAGAUUAUCCAAUCCAGCUUGUCUAGGCGUCCCAUCCCAAGUCAUGAAAUGGGGCCUCUUAGCCGAGCUUUCAUUUGACGAUAUGGCUGCUGCCUCUGUUAUGCACGUUCCAUUGCUGAAAGAAGAGGCUUCUUGCUUGACAUUCUUAUAUUUUUUGCCGUGCUGGAAUCCUCGAGGAGCGACAAUUCCACAGGUCUCGCACACUACCCGCCCAUUGACCUUUCACGAGGUCACGACCUUCCAAGGCACACGCGAUAUCGACCAUAGCCAGCAUUCGCAGCAUGAAAAUGGCCACGAGCAGCCCCGAGAGCACAUUUUGCCAUGGUCGCAGUGCAUGCAGGCUUCGACGCAUGCACAAAUGGUCCCAGUAAUUUCAUCUCAGCUGCCUAAAUGCGUCCAUCAUUCGCAGUCAUUCCACUCAUGCUGGGCAGCUCAGUCUUGGUUCCCCAGUGUGAAUGGCUACCUGGGCAAGCACUGGAAUGCAAACAGUCCGCUGGAUGCAGAAGUCGAGUUCUUCAGCUCACUGUUCAACGUGGGACAUCACUCGAUCGAGUCCUGCCUGUCCUUGCUCCGGUGGAUGUAUACCAGACAUUCAUUCAUACGUUUGGUUCAGAACUGCCACAUUGGAAUGUCGAACGUUUGCCAUGUUUGCCUCCCCGAGGGAGCCCCAAAAUCAUUCCUAAAUCGUCCCACAAACUCAACAAGAAUAAUGCUGUGGAACUUACGCCAACGGAUGAAGAUGGUGUCUAAAGUGGUGUUGCUGGUGCUCCAGCUGAUUUGUGUCGCUGAUGCUGUAGUAAUUGACGCGCGGCGCUGCGAACUGGCAUUUGGUGUCUGUAGUGGCGCAGUUGGAGUCACUAAAUCUCCCCGCCUGGCUUCUAUGCGUUGCCUAGCCAAGUGGUAG